ACAAAAUAUUUGCUGUUUAUGCUAUUAUCGACUAAAAAUGUAUCAGUCGAAUCAUCAACGAUUUUAAAUCAGUUUGUACGAAAAUAAUAUUAGCAGCAUAAUUAUGAAAAAAUUAGCACAAAGUUGGAAAACGAGAAAAGUUAAUUGGAAGAUUUAUGUUUCGACUCUAACAGCAAACUUGCUGUUGAUUUCUGUUGGAGGUCUGGCCUCUUGGAUAUCUCCAACAAUUACUAAGCUAAAAUCCAAUAGUACCGAAGAAAAUCCUCUUGGUUCACCAAUAUCAACAAUGAGUAUAUCUAUGUUAGGUACUAUUCCCCUAAUUUCAAAACUGUUAUCGUAUAUUGUAAUGGCGAAGCUUUCCCAAGCUUUUGGGAGAAAAAAACUUAUGCUGUAUGGAGCUGUAUGUCUAUCAGUUGCACUGAUUGGAAUUGCUUUUGCCAGGAAUAUUUAUGUGUAUUACAUAUUUUUGUUAAUCGAAGGCGUAGGGUUGAGUAGUGUAUAUAUAAGUGUGCCUAUUUAUUGUAGCGAAGUAGCAGAUACUUCUAAUAGAGGAGUAAUAGGUUGUUUUAUAGGUUUAUUUUCAGUUUGUGGAAUUCUUUUAAUGUACGUGUUCGGUUCCUUUUUAAGUAUAAAAAUGUUUACUUUGAUAUGUGCGUUUCCAGCUUUAGUUCAUAUAAUACUUCACAUGGUCGUGAUCGAAUCACCUAUUUACUUAAUUUCUAAAGGUAAAAAAAUAGAAGCUAGAAGAGCCCUUGAGAGCUUACGGCUUAACAGAACUCAUCAAGAGAUAGAAACAGAAUACUCAGCGUUAGAAAAAAGUGUUGAAUCGGAUAUAAGCAAAAAUAUUCUAGAUUUCAAAAGUGUUCUAGAGUUAUUUAAAAUACGUGCAGGGGUGAAAGCCUUUUUCAUAUCAGUAACUUUAUGCAUAGGUCAACAGGCUUCCGGUAUAGCAAUCAUUAUAAUGUACGUUGGUCCAAUAUUUAAUAAAAGUGGUGCCAAUAUAUCUGGUAAUAACGUUGGAAUUAUAAUUGGGUCAGCACAAGUGCUGACUUUCGCUGUGGCAGGAUGUCUCAUUGAAAAACUGGGACGACGACCUUUGACAUUAUUUUCUUCAUUUGGUUGCUGCCUCUUUCUGUUCGCCAUGGGCAUUUCGCUUUAUCUUAUAGAUAUACAUGUUUGUUUUAUAGCAGAAAUACGGUGGUUGCCGAUUUUAUUUGUCAUAUUGUUUAUUAUUUGCUAUGGAUUAGGUUUAGGCCCUAUUCCUACAUUCAUUUUUGGAGAAUUAUUUCCACACGACUUUAGAUCUAUUGGUACAGCUCUGGUAUUAAUUAUUAAUGACAUUUUAAUGUCAGGAAUGAGUUUUAGUUUUCCUAUACUUUCAGAAGCAUUUGGAGCGCCUACCUGUAUGGUAGCUUACAGUUCAGUUUCUCUGUUGUUUUUCAUUGUUUUGUAUAUUUUUCUACCAGAAACAAAAGGAAAAACUUUAAAUGAAAUUCAGGAUUUACUUAACAAGUAACAAAAAAAAUAAUGAUAUUACGUAUACAGCCAGUGGCGGCUCCAGAGGGGGUCACGGGGUCAUGACCCCCUCCCAAACGAAAAUAAAUAUCAAUUCAAUAAUCCUAAAAAAAAAUCGAGAGCUGUCAAACAAAAAAAAAUUAGGCCCAUCCAAAAAAUAAUUGAAAACCCACUUAUCCUAGGGCUGGUAAGACUAAGUAGUGACCUUGCAUUAGCGAAAAGGAAUUAAAUCACCCUCAAGAUCCAUAAGCCCCCCCCCCCAAAAAUAUUUCUGGAUCGACUAUUGUACAGCAAAUUAUUAUAUUAUGUAUAUGGGUACAUUCUGCCUACGUUAUGAUGUAAAAUGCCAAAUAAAUAAAUAAUAACAAAUGAUACUACCAGCACACAUCGUUUUCCUUCUGGUUAUGAAUUGGUAUUCAAUAGGAUCAUACAUGCAUGUUUCUGCCUCUCGGCUUCAUCAGCCAUCCGAGUAGAUUACGAACUCAUAACCAGAAGAGAAUCGAGGUGUCUUAUGAAAUUCACAAUUUCAGUGAAAAGCACAAGAACUCCAUCUACUCUGAUGGAUGUGCAACAGACCGUCUCGAAAAAGACGGUUCCUAUAUAUCGUACUGUACAAAGUGAUGCGUGCAUUCGGAUGUGGAUGUUUCCCCAACACGACUCUAACUUAUCGACAGAGUCUACUGUACUGAGUAAAUUGAAGCUGUAACUACAAAGAAAAAAUAUGUACCUACCUAUGUCUUUUUACUCACUUUAUAACGCUUAAAAAAUUACGGGAUCUGGAUUUCAAUAAAAAUAUAUAUAUUGUUGUGAUCUUGAUUAUUGAUAUGAGAUGAUAAUUUUAUAUGUCAUUUAAUUUA